UACUUUUGUGGUUCCACCGUUUCCCCCGUGAGAUACAAGACUACCAAACACGAAACAAAAUUAAAACACUUAAUCAUAACGCGCUUUUCAGCUCCAACUAAAAAAAUCUCACCACACACACUCACUUCACUUCACUUGGCAGCUCAAACAUACUCUCAUUUCAUCGCCAUAACUUUCAUUGGCGCGGAAAACAAAAAACCCUAAAACAGCAACAAGAAAACCACUUCUUGUUCUUCUUCUUGCUCUGCAUUGCACCUCCGCUCCCAGAUCUGCAAGCUAUGCUUCACUGACCUUCUUCUGCUUCCCAACAUGUCCAAUUCUGAUCCCAACCACCGCAACCGUCCUCCCUCGCCGGAUGCCAAGCCAUUGCCCCCCUCUUCGUGGGCCAAGAAGACGGGAUUCAGGCCUAAAUUCUCCGGCGAGACCAAUUCCACCGACUCCACCCAGCUCGCGCUCCCUCCCAGGCCCUCACAGCCCGCACCCGCUAUCGCGGAUCUAGAAGCGGGCCGGCCUCGGGCUCCGGCAAACGGUGUAGCGCCGGCCACCGAUAAGGUACCUCCAGCGGCUCCUGUUCCGGUUCCGCCGAAGGAUCAGACUCCGAAGAAGCGGAGAGAUUCCGACGGCGGAACCAAGGGGUCAGUGCCAAGCACCAACGGCCAAGCUCCGCCACCGGCGACGGCGGCUGCUGCGCCGGUGGACCAGCCACAGCAUGCUAGGAGAGCGUCGAGGCAUGAAGAAGUAGUGGAUGUUGAAGACGACGGGUUUGUGCCUCGGCACUCUCACAUGAAGUACGAGCUCAGAGAUUCACCUGGUCUUGUUCCAAUUGGUGUGUACGGUAUUCAGCAUUACGUUUCGAUAUUGGGUUCGUUGAUUCUGAUUCCACUUGUAAUAGUUCCUGCAAUGGGUGGCAGUCAUGAGGAAACUGCUAUGGUGGUAUCAACUGUGCUCUUCGUUUCUGGUGUCACUACACUCCUGCAUAUUACUUUUGGGUCCAGAUUGCCAUUGAUACAGGGCCCUUCUUUUGUAUACUUGGCUCCGGCUCUUGCUAUCAUCAACUCGCCAGAGUUUCAAGGAUUAAAUGGAAAUAAGUUCAAACACAUAAUGAAGGAGCUUCAGGGGGCUAUAAUCAUUGGAUCAGCUUUUCAAGCUCUACUGGGAUAUACAGGGCUUAUGUCGCUUUUAGUAAGAUUGAUCAAUCCUGUAGUUGUAUCCCCCACUAUUGCUGCUGUUGGACUUUCAUUUUUCAGUUAUGGUUUCCCAAUAGUUGGUACAUGUCUUGAGAUUGGUGCAGUACAGAUAUUGGUGGUGGUUGUUUUUUCUCUUUACCUUCGUAAAAUAUCUAUUCUCGGACAUCGCAUAUUUCUAAUAUACGCGGUUCCUUUGGGUCUGGCAAUUACAUGGGCAUUCGCUUUCAUGUUGACUGAGGCAGGGUUGUACAACUACAAAGGGUGCGAUAUAAAUAUACCUGCAUCAAAUAUGGUUUCACAGCACUGCAGAAAGAAUUUUUCAAGGAUGAAACAUUGCCGGGUUGAUACUUCUCAUGCACUGAGAUCCUCUCCAUGGUUUAGAUUUCCUUAUCCACUACAAUGGGGUACACCUGUCUUCCACUGGAAAAUGGCUCUUGUGAUGUGUGUGGUUUCUGUAAUCUCAUCUGUGGAUUCGGUUGGAUCAUACCAUGCAUCUUCUUUACUGGUGGCAUCCAGACCUCCAACUCCUGGAGUUCUAAGUCGAGGAAUUGGUUUGGAAGGUCUUACAAGUGUCUUGGCUGGUCUCUGGGGAACUGGAACUGGGUCGACAACUAUAACUGAAAAUGUCCACACAAUUGCUGUGACUAAAAUGGGAAGCCGCAGGGCAGUUCAACUGGGCGCUUGCUUUUUAAUAGUGUUGUCUCUUGUGGGUAAGGUUGGAGGUUUCAUUGCUUCAAUUCCUGAUGUCAUUGUUGCUGGUCUACUCUGCUUUAUGUGGGCAAUGCUUACCGCAUUGGGCUUGUCAAACCUACGGUAUAGUGAGGCUGGAAGCUCUCGGAAUAUCAUUAUUGUUGGGUUAUCAUUGUUUUUCUCUCUUUCCAUACCUGCCUACUUUCAACAAUAUGGUCUCUCUCCAAACUCCAACAUGUCAGUGCCGAAUUAUUUCCAGCCUUAUGUUGUGGCUUCUCAUGGACCUAUACAGAGCAAGAAUGGAGGGCUGAACUAUGUCUUGAACACGUUGUUUUCACUACACAUGGUGAUAGCGUUUCUUGUUGCUUUUAUCCUGGACAACACUGUUCCUGGCAGUAAGCAGGAACGUGGGGUAUAUGUUUGGUCAGAGGCCGAGGUUGCUAGAAGGGAACCUGCUGUUGCGAGUGACUACGAGUUGCCCUUGAGAGUUGGUCGGAUUUUCAGAUGGGUGAAGUGGGUUGGCCUCUGAAGAACGAUGAUCUCAUGGGCUGAGAUUUUCAGUCUUUCAAAUGGCUCAACUGAGUCUAAGAUUCACAUGGUUCUGUUGGGCUAGUGAUGGAUAUUAGUAUAGGUCAUGUUACAAAAAUCAAUUUGUGUACAUUGGAGAUCUCCAGAGGGAUCUAUCCGUGUUGUAAUUUAUUAGAUUAAUCAUUGUAUCUAGUUUUGAUUCAUCAAAAUCUCCAGCUGGGUAACUUUUUUGUUUUGUUCUUGAAGCGGACUAUAACAAAUCAUUUUGAAUGUAUAUAUACACAUUUUUUUUUUGCCGGUUUCA